CUUGUUAAAUAAAAUCGAUGUUGCUUGAUUCGACACUUAACCAGGGGAGAAAAUAACGCUCGCGUUGCGUUUACACUUUUAGAUCUCAAAGACGCUGCAACCACCACCACCGUACCCGAAACGAAACACACCGAACCAGAGAGAGCGAGAGAGAGAGAGAAGACGAAUCGUUUUGGAAUCUAUAGCCAACACGGCCUUGUCUCGAAUGACAUCCGUCUACGACGUCGUCUCAUACCUCUAGCCAAUCCUCAAUCAAGGUACGGUAUAAGAGGAGGAUCUGAAUGGUGGCCAGGAUUUGUGCGUGGUGAUUUCCGUGGUUACAGUGGGUAGCAAAAACGGAGUGGAUCGGAGAAUGGAACGGAGCAAGAGCCGGACCGAUCUACUCGCAGCUGGCAAAAAAAGGCUCCAACAAUUCCGUCAGAAGAAGGACAGUAAAGGUGGUAGUAGCCGUGGAAAAUCAUCAAAAAAAUCUGGUAAACCUCAGCUACCUGAGUCUGAUGCUGAUGCAGCAAGUAGUACCUCUGUAUCAACUGGAUCAUCUCAGGUUACUGAUGGAAACGUUGAAUCUGACCAUGACUCCAAUGUGGUUAUCACAGAAUCAUUAGAGUCCCAGUCUUUGGCAAACUCGUUAGCUUCUGACAGUAUUGAUCCUUCUGUUGACUCAUCUUCGGUGGCCAUUACAUAUGAUACAGGCAAUGAAACUGAAUUGGAUUCUAAUACUACGUCAGCACUUCAGCUUGAUGGGGUCCGUGAGAAUGAUUCUAGUUUGUCUGCCCAAGAUCAAGGGGAAAUUGCUCAGGAUGUUGGUUCUGAUGUGGCAAAGGAUGUUUCUAUGAGAACUUCAGAUAGCCUGGGUCCUGAAGGUCGAACAACAUAUGAUCAUGCAUCUGCACUUGCCAUUUUGUACCCACCUGCUUCUGUCUCAACUGCAGUGGGUGAUUCUGUUUUAGUUGAAAGAGAGGGUGAAAAGAGGGAAGAACCGUUGCUUUUAUCUGAGGAUAUUCCCAAUACAUCUGUGAUGGAAACAAGGGAAGAUCAGGAAGCUGAUGGUUUGGAUAUGAAGAAAUCUUGUCAAAGCACUGAUGCAAUUAUUGAUGGUCAAAAGGAACUUCCUCUGUUCAAGGUUGGUGAGAGUGAUCAGUCUCUUUCAGUAAUUGCUUUGGAGAAGACUAGAAUUGGGGAGGAGGUAUCUCAUGAAGCGGAACAACUAGGCAAGUCAGUUGAAUUAUUCUCCUCUCUCGAGGACAUUCAAUGCACUACUGUUGGAUCUGCAGUUGAGGAACCAACUCAGGAGUUGUUAAUGGGAGCUCGUGAGGUUGAUUCAGCCAGACCAUUGGAUUUCUCUCCCAUUUUUGAUGCAAGCUCAGUUAAUCUCCUGCAGCUGGCUGAAAUUGUCAAGGGGCUUAAUGAAGAAGAGUAUCAAUUUCUGCUCAACGCAAGAGGACCAGUUUCUGAUGCUCCAGAUCAUGACUUAGAAGCAUUUAAGAGACUCAAAGAAGAAUUGUUUCUUGCAAAUAUAAUGAAAAAUAUAUUCAACAUUCAACUAGCUGAACAACUGGAGCUACAACUAGAGUCUGAUAAUCAGCGUUACCAGUUGAUUGACAAACUAUCUCAGCUCCAUGCUACUCAUAAUGAAGUUAAUGAGAAGAAUCAACACCUUACUGAAGAACUUGCUAAUUGCCGUGUUGAACUAGAUGAUAUUUCUAGCAAGAGUGUAGAACUACAUAACCAAUGUAAUACUGCCAUGGCAGAGGUUGAAGCUCUUUCUGCCAGAGUAGUUGAGCUGCAGAUUAGUUUUGAAAUAUCUCAAAAAGAUUCAUCAGAUCUAUGCACAGAGUUGGCUGAAUGCAGAGGCUUGAUCUCAAGUUUACAGGUUGAAAGGAAGGGCAUGAAUGAAUCUCUUGAUUUGGUGAUUGCUGAGAAAAAUCAACUUUUGGAGGAGAAGGAAUUUCAUCUAUGUGAAAGAGUAAAGGUUGAAAGUUCCAACCUAACUGAAAGGAUCUCUUUGGUGACUGAAGAGAGGAAUAAGAUCAAAGCAGAAACUGAGCAUCUCUUGCAUGAGAUUGAUAGGCUAUCAUUAGAUUUGGUUGAAAAUAAAGAUUUGGUGGCAAGUCUAAAGGCAGAAAAUUCCAACUUAAAUGGGAACCUUGCAUUGUCUGCUGAUAAGAUUAAAAAUCUCGAAGACGAGAAUCAACCAGUUGUUCUUGAGAAUCAAAUACUCUCUUCUCUAAUUGUUUCCCUACAAGAGGAGUUAUCUAUAGAAAAAGGGGAACGGAUGAGGUUUGAAGGUGACCUUAAAGAAGCCACAAUGCGCUUGGAACAACUUUCCAAGGAAAAUGUAUUUCUCAAUAGCACUUUGGAUGAGCAUAAGGCUGAGAUAGAAGAAAUGGGGAAAAAAUACACUCAACCUCUAUCUAACCUAGGAAAUCAAGCACAUGUUGCAUGUGAACAAAGUAAGGGCCUUGAAAUUGCAAUUACCAAUGAGUAUGUGCAUAUGGAUCAGGAGCCAGGCGAAGGUGCACUAGGGGGACCACCUGUGAAUAUACUUGAACACGAAAUCUUUGAUGAUUCUCUUGGGUUUGUUUCAUUGAAGACUUGCUUGGAUGAGGUGGAGACAGUUUUGGUGAAGCUUGAAAAGGCAAUUGAUGAGUUGCAUUCUCAAUCAGUAUCCUAUGGCAGGUCUGGUGAAAAAGUUUCUUCGCCUGUGGUAUCAAAAUUGAUACAGGCUUUUGAAUCAAAAGUAUAUGAGGAUGAGCAUGAGGUAGAGGUAAGGGAUUCCAGUGAAGUUCAGUCACCAUCAAAUGCAACCAAAGAGCAAAUUGGAAACUUGAGAAAAUUGCUUUCAAAGUGGAAGCUGGAAGUUCAGAGUGCGGGUGCAUUGUUCAACAAGGAGAGAGAUUGUAGGAAAAUUGAUGAUGCAAAGUACAGUGAUCUCAAGGACCAGUUUGAAGAAUUGAAGCACCAUUGUUCAGAUUUGGAAGCAUCCAACAUUGAACUUACGGUUCAAUAUGAAACUGCAAAGCAACUUCUGCGUGACAUUCAGGAAAAGAAAUGUCAUCUUGAGGAAUUCUGUGAAGCUUUAAAGCAGGAAGAUAUCCAUCUCAAAGCCAAAAAUAGUGAACUUUAUGAAAAGCUUGGACAUUGUCAGUUAAAAAUUGGUGAAUUGCAUACUGAAAUGUAUGAUGUGAAACAAAGUUCAAAUGAGAUGGCUGCUGUUAUUGGAAGUCAACUGGAAAAUUUGCAGAAGGAGGUGACAGAGAGGGCAAUGCUACUUGAACAAGGCUGGAAUACUACUAUUGCUGAUAUUGUUGGGUUAGUUGGGAAGCUGAAUGAAUCAGUUGGGGAAACUUUGUAUUCAACCAUCUCUUCUGACACUCAUGAUAGCUUGGAUAUCAGUCAUAAGUUAGAAGUUUCUGUUAAUGCAGCCACCGAAAUGAUUUUUGAUCUUCGGAAGAAACUUGAAGCUACUUAUUCAGAACAUGAAAUAAUCUGUACGUCAUAUAAAGAAGUGAAUUCGAAAUGUGAUGAUCUGCUUGGGAGGAAUGAAUUGGCUGUUGGUGUAUUGCAUAAGAUUUACAGUGACCUGAGGAAACUUGUGCUCAUUAACGGUGGCUUUAUGGAUGAAGAUAAGGUAGAUGUUCAAAGUGAGGCACUGCCUGAUCUACUGAACUAUAAUAGCUAUCAGACCAUCCUGAAACAUGUAGAAUAUUUAUUGAAUGAAAAGCUGGAACUAGAGUCUGUUGCUACAACGAUGAAGUCAGAAUUGAUGCACAGGGAAACAGAAUUGGAAGAAAUGAAGAUGAAGUGUCUUGAUUUAGAUUCUGUUAGUAAACUAAUUGAAGAGGUUGCGGGCGUGCUGAAUGUGGAAAAUUUGAAGAUCGAAAUGAAUAAGUCGCCCCUUUCAUGCUUAGGUUCAUUAGUGUCUAGUCUUGUACAGAAAACCAGAGAGGCUGAAAUCCAGUUACAUACAACUAAAGAAGGCUAUGGAUCUAGUGACAUGGAAUUGGCUGAAUUGAAGGAAAAAAUCCAUUAUCUAGACAAACUACGUCUUGAGAAUGAAAAUGAAAUCCUUGUUCUCAAGGAAAGCUUGCAUCAGGCGGAAGAAGCUCUUGCUACUGCUCGUUCUGAAUUACACGAGAAAGCAAAAGAACUUGAGCAUUCAGAACAGCGGGUUUCCUCCAUCCGGGAGAAACUUAGCAUAGCUGUUGCCAAGGGAAAAGGGUUGGUUGUGCAGCGGGAUGGUCUCAAGCAGUCCCUGACAGAGACAUCCAGUGAAUUGGAGAGAUGCUUGCAAGAGUUGCAGUUUAAAGAUACAAGACUUCAUGAAGUUGAAACAAAACUCAAGACCUAUGCAGAGGCUGGUGAGCGUGUGGAAGCUCUGGAAUCUGAGCUUUCAUAUAUUCGUAAUUCAGCUAAUGCUUUGAGAGAGUCAUUUCUUCUUAAAGAUUCAAUGCUUCAGAGGAUAGAAGAAGUUUUGGAAGACCUAGAUCUGCCAGAGCAGUUUCAUUCAAGAGAUAUAAUUGAAAAAAUUGAUUGGUUGGCUAGAUCAGUUGCUGGCAACUCAUUGCCCGUUAAUGAUUGGGAGCAGAAGGAUUCUGGGGGAGGAGGCUCAUACAACUCAUUGCCCAUGAAUGAUUGGGAGCAGAAGGAUUCUGCGGGAGGAGGCUCAUAUUCUGAUGCUGGUUAUGUUGUCAUGGAUUCCUGGAGAGAUGACAGUCAGUUACAACCAGAUUCUGGGGAUGAUUUUAGAAAAAAGUUUGAGGAGUUGCAAAGUAAGUAUUAUGGGCUGGCUGAGCAAAAUGAAAUGCUGGAGCAGUCAUUGAUGGAAAGAAACAGCUUAGUUCAGAGAUGGGAAGACCUUGUAGACAGGAUUGAUAUGCCUUCACAUUUACGGUCUAUGGAGACGGAGGAUAGGAUUGAAUGGGUAGGAAGAGCACUUGCUGAGGCUAAUCAUCAUGUAGAUUCUCUGCAGUUGAAGAUUGAAAAAUAUGAUAGCUAUUGUGGAUUGCUAAAUGCUGACCUGGAAGAGUCUCAAAGGAGAGUGUCUGCUCUUCAUGCAGACCUUAGAGCUCUUACAUCUGAGAGAGAGCACCUUUCUGAAAAAAUGGAGGCUCUGAUAUAUGAAUAUGAGAAACUAUCAGUGCAGAGAAGGGAAGCUGAACUUGAGAAUGAAAAGCUGCAUAGUGAAGUAACUAGUUUGAAGGAUGAAUUGGAACAGAAAGCUGCAAUUCAAGCAGACCUUAGAGCUCUUACAUCUGAGAGAGAGCACCUUUCUGAAAAAAUGGAGGCUCUGGUAUAUGAAUAUGAGAAACUAUCAGUGCAGAGAAGGGAAGCUGAACUUGAGAAUGAAAAGCUGCAUAGUGAAGUAACUAGUUUGAAGGAUGAAUUGGAACAGAAAGCUGCAAUUGAAGAACAAGUUUCCACCCUUGAUGACAAGAUCAGAAAAUUGAGAGACUUAGUUGGUGAUGCCUUGUCAGAAUCUGAAACAGAGAAUAUGGUUUCUGGUAGUACAGAUAUUGAUUCCUUGGAAGAACUUCUGAGACAGCUCAUAGAAAAGCAUGCAAGUCUUUCAUCAAAGAAACCUACAUACGGGGUUGUCCAUGAUGGGCACAAUUCACAAAGAGAUGAUGCUACUCUUCUUGAGGAAAGAAGUAUAGAUAUGCAUGAUAAGGAGAAGGCAGAUAUUGAUAGAUAUAAAAGAGAUCUAGAGGAGGCUUUGAGUGGAUUGGUGCAUAUGAAGGAGGAGAGAGAUAGAACUUUGGAAAAGCAAAUAUCAUUAUCCAGUGAAGUUGAAGCUCUGAGUAAAAGAACUGAGGAGUUGAAAGAGCUUCUUAAUCAGGAGGAGCAGAAGUCAGCUUCUGUUAGAGAGAAAUUAAACAUUGCAGUCAAGAAAGGGAAGUCAUUGGUGCAACAACGAGACAGUCUAAAACAAACCAUUGAAGAGAUGAGUAUUGAGAUGGAGCACUUAAAAUCUGAGAUCAACAACCAGGAACGUAUACUUGCAGAUCAUGAACAGAAGUUGAGACAGUUGUCAACCUACCCAGAUAGGUUAGAAGCUCUUGAAUCUGAGCGUUUGCUUCUGAAGAAUCACUUGGAAGAAACAGAGCACCAUUUACAGGAGCAAGAAUAUUCUUUAAAACUGAUUUUGAACGCGUUAGGUGAGAUUGAGGUUGGUGGUGAAGGUCAUAUAAGUGAUCCGGUGAAGAAGUUAGAAUGGCUUGGGAAACUAUGCUCUGAUCUGCAUGGUGCUGCGGCUUCUUUAGAACAAAAAUCCAGGAAAUCUGAAAGAGCAUCAGAGCUCCUCUUGGCAGAGUUGAAUGAGGUUCAAGAAAGGAAUGACAGUUUUCAGGAAGAGCUCACAAAGGUGGCAGCUGAACUUGAAGAUCUCAGAAGAGAAAGGGAUUCAGCUGAGGCUGCCAAACUGGAAGCUCUUUCACAUCUCGAAAAAUUAUCAGCCUCGCGUGAGGAGGGAAAAAAGAGCCAUUUUUCUGAGAUCAUGGAAUUAAAAUCCAGCAUGAAUCAAAUUUGCAAAGGCUUUGGUGAGGUUCAGAAUUUACUAGCUAAUGCUUUUUUCAUGGAUUUGGAAUCUUUUCAGAAUCUGGAGGCCUGUCUUGAGUCAUGUAUGAAAGUAAACAAUGCUGAUGUGGUGGUUUCAUCUGUCACCAAAGAGCAUGAUAGCAUUUUACGCAGGGCAUAUGAUAACAAGAAGAGCUCUUUGUCUGCAGAUUCUUGGUCAGAUUUGGACACCAUUGACCACUUUGAUGAUAAUACCGUUAUUCGAAUUUUUCGUAUAUUUGGGCAUCAGCUGCAAGAGUUCUUGGUGGAGGUUGGUUCUCUUAAGGAAAGAAUAGACAUGCACUCAAGUUUAGCAGAGGAGCAAGACAAAACUAUAUCUAAAUUGAUGGCAAGUGUUCAAAGGGAAAUAACUUCCCAAAGAGAGUCAUAUGAAACCAUGAAGAAAGAAGUUAGUGAACGAGAUGGGGAACUUGUUGUAUUACGUGGGAAUAUUGCCUUCCUUUAUGAAGCAUGCAUUAAUUCUGUGAUUGUACUUGAAAAUGGAAAAGCUGAACUGGUUGGAAAGAAGGUUGAAUCUUCUGAUCUAGGGAUUAACAUGAAAACACCAUUUGAUGAUGGAAUAUCUGAGGAAUGUAUUAAAACCAUGGCAGAUAGACUGCUGUUGGCUGCAAAAGGGUUUGCUAGUAUAAGAACUGAAUUUUCAGAUGCUAAUCAAAAGGAAUUGAAGGGUAUUAUAACAAAUUUGCAAAGAGAGCUUCAGGAGAAGGAUGUUCAAAGAGACAAGAUUUGCUCAGAGCUGGUAAAACAGAUUAAGGAUGUUGAAGCUGCUGCAAACAGUUACUCUCAAGAUCUUCAAUCUUUUAGGAUUCAAGAACAUAAUUUAAAGAAACAGGUGGAAGUGACUGAGGCAGAGAGGAAGAUACUGGAACAGAGAGUGAAUGAGCUGCAAGAUAUGCAAGGGACUGCAGCUGAAUUAGGGGAGAAAGUGAGAUCUCAGACUGAUUUGCUGGCUGCCAAAGACCAAGAAAUUGAAUCGCUAAUGCAUGCACUUGAUGAGGAAGAGAUGCAAAUGGAAGAAUUGACAAAGAAGAUUGUGGAACUUGAAAAGGUUGUUCAACAAAAGAAUCAAGAGAUUGAGAACCUUGAAUCAUCUCGUGGUAAGGUUAUGAAAAAGCUUUCCAUAACUGUAAGCAAGUUUGAUGAGCUUCACCACCUGUCUGCAAGUCUCCUUUCCGAGGUUGAAAAGCUUCAAUCCCAAUUGCAAGAAAGAGAUGCUGAAAUUUCUUUCUUGAGGCAAGAGGUUACUAGAUGCACUAAUGAUGUUCUUCUUUCUUCACAAAUGAGCAACCAGAGAAGUUCCGAUGAGAUCUUUGAGUUCUUCAUGUGGGUUGACAUGAUUGUAUCUCGAGAUGGGAUGCAUGAUAUACAUCCUGAUGUGAAGAGCAAUACUCAGGUUCAUGAAUACAAAGAAAUACUUCAAAAAAAGCUGGUGUCUUUAUUAUCAGAAUUGGGGAAUCUAAGGGCAACUGCAGAAAGCAAGGAUGCAAUGUUGCAAGUAGAAAGGAGUAAGAUAGAAGAAUUGAACCGCAAAGCAGAAACUCUUGAGAUGUCCUUGCAUGAGAAAGAAUUGCAAUUGAAUUUGCUUGAAGGUGUGGAAGAAACUGGAAAGGAAGCUGGCACAAGCUCAGAAAUUUUGGAGGUAGAACCAGUGAUGAAUGAGUGGACGGCAACAGGGGCAUUUUUAACACCUCAAGUUCGCAGUUUGCGCAAGGGCAAUAACGAUCAUGUUGCCAUUGCUGUAGAUGUAGACCCUGGUAGUACUAGUAGGAUAGAAGAUGAAGAGGACGACAAAGUCCAUGGUUUCAAAUCACUCACAUCAUCCAAAAUUGUCCCAAGAUUUACGAGACCUUUGACUGACUUGAUUGAUGGCUUGUGGGUUACUUGUGAUCGGACUCUGAUGAGACAACCUGUCUUGCGGCUUGGAAUUAUACUUUAUUGGGCCAUAAUGCACGCACUCCUAGCCUUUUUUGUUGUUUGAGGUGAGAGGCCCUCAUUUGGCUGAUGCUCGGAGUUGGCUUUGUAUAAUUAAUUGGCCUACUUUAUAAAACCCUAAGCGGGGCACAGGAGGUGCCACCUUAUUGAUUGGGGAUAGUGCUGAAUCCAAUUAUACUUGAAAAAAGGAAUCAGUUUAGUUGUACAGUAUCUCCCUUCCUUUCGCUUCUUCCUGUUGCAGUGUGAGGCAGUUACCUAUAAACUGUAAUAAAACGAGAGAUGAAGCUUCCGGAAAGAGUAACAGGCAGCAAUGAAGAAAAGAUGCGAAAGCAGAUUGCUCAAUAUUUCAAAACCAAUGGAUGAAGAACCUGCUACAUAAACACCCUAGUUGGUGGUUGUUGUAAAGAACUUGAUGCCUUUUACCUUCAACGAAAUCAACAUUGACUAUCUUUUACAGGGAUAGUCCCUGUACCUUAGGAGUCUUGGGUUCUGAUGAGCAGGAUAAAUGACCAGUUAGGUAUAGAAAAUCAUAAUUCUUUUGUACUUUGAUUAAGGUUUUUUAUCUGCUUAGCCAUAAGAAAUUUCGCAGUUGCCAUUCUUUUUUGUAUU